GGCGGGGCCGUCUCCCGGUUUCUCCCGACUUGACGGCUUGCAAAGCCUUAUUUGUGCCGUUUUCCUCGUUGCAACGACAUGACAAAAAGGAUGUCCAAGAUGUCUCCCAAUCUUCCCGUCAUCGACAUUACUCCUUUCUCAACGAACGCACCUGCUGGACAGGAUUCUUCAGCAAAGCGGGAUGUUGGGGCGCAAUUAGCAGAAGCCUGCUCUCAACAUGGCGUCUUUUAUCUCAAAAGCGGUGAUAUCGGCCGGCUCACGAACGAGAAGCGCUUGCGGACGUUCGAAGCUGCGAAGCAGUUCUUUGCCUUACCCGAAGAGGUGAAAAAGGCAGUUCCAAUUAGCCCCGGAGGCUUUACGAGAGGGUACAUUGGCAUUGGCGGAGAAUCGGGUUCAAGCGCAUUGGAGGUAAAGGAAGCGUUCAGCUAUGGAUACCGUUGGCCAGACGACAAGCCCCCCGGAAACAGCCUACAGGGGCCGAACAAGUGGCCGGAUCUCUCUCACUUGCCACCCGACUGGGAAACUACUCUCCACGACUUCUACGCCGGGAUGGUUGAGAUAGCGACAGCCGUCACGCGGGCGCUCUCCGUCUCUCUAGGCUUCCCGGAGGACCAUUUCCCGUCAUUCUGCACCCAAGGCGAUACUAUCAGCUUGAUGCGUUUCUUCCAUUACUUUCCGUACCGCGCCGCAGGGUCCGUGGCGGGUGGGGAAGUCGAGCGGAUAGGAUCGAGCCCGCACACCGACUGGGGGUUCCUUACAUUGAUUCUCCAGCAGGAUGGGGUGAUUGGGUUGCAAGUGGCAGAUGGGGAGGGAGGAUGGAAGGAUGUGCCCCCGAUUCCAGGAACGUUGAUUGUGAACGCUGGGGACUAUUUGGCACUGCUGACGCGAGGACGGGUCAAGUCGCCCUUGCAUAGGGUUAUUACGUCCGAGGAGGAGAGACUUUCGAUGGUAUUCUUCUAUUAUCCGGUAAGUGUUCUGCCGUAUCGCCUGAUGUUGCAGGCACCCUCAACUCAACAAGUCGAGUCUUGUAGACCUACGACGCACGAAUUCCCAUUAUGAAGGAUGAUACCGAGGGAAGCGUACAGAAGAUUAGCUUGUUUGCCGAUCAAAGGCAUGGGGAGUCCGGGACGACGGCAAAUAGCGUAGAUGUUGGUGUAGCCGGCACAUUUGGCGAUUACAUUGCGAACAAAUGGUCGCAAGUGUAUAGGAGUACAUAGGCGUAUGAAAUAAAGUGUGUCCGUUUGCGUCGAG